GCCACCAUCUCCCAACUCCGUAUAAAAUUUAUGCUCGUUUAUGAGUUCAUGCUCUUCUCCAUUCUUCAAUCUUCGUUCCGCAACCAGUGAAAUCCAGUCAGGACUCAUCACCAGCUCAUUCCAAUUUCAUCAUCACUCAAAAAUGGCUGGUUCUGGAGAUUCACCCACCAGCAACGUUCUUGGCAAAUUUGGACUUCGUCCAAUCACAAAAUGCAGUUUAGCAAAAUUCUACGCACCUUCCCUCGGUGUUGGGGCCUACAUGGGACUCUCUGUCAAUGUCAUGAAUCCUAAUUUAAUUAUGAGAGUGUUCCCCAAGGUGGACAUCACGAACUUUUUACUGGGGGGUGCUCUAGUGGGGACAACCUCCUAUCUUUAUACAAGGGAACACAUGAAAGCUGCCCCCACAGCGGUCAGGAUUACUUAUAGUAUAACUGGAGCACUUCUCCUGAGCUUUGGCUCUGUCCUGGUCUGGGCAGUACUACGCUCAAUCAUCCCACCUAAUGCAACAGUGUCCACAAUAGCUGGUCUGGGCACUGGCUUGGCUGCUAUCAAAAUUGGUCAUAGCUAUCUUGAAUUCGUGGAUAGUCAGGUUGUUAAGAAGUAAUAAUCUCAAAGGAUUACCAUAGGUGCUUAUGAGAUGAAAAAUUAACAACAGCAUACUUAUUAUGAACUAUGAUAAUAAAAUUCUUUAUUGUUGUGUACAA